AUGCCACCUACAACACGUAUGGAACCCUACCCAACAACGCGCCCACAAGACGUCUCUGACCAACCCGUAUCCGAAAGCUCGUCAUCGUCAACAUCCCAACCCCUCAUCAAACUCUCCAAGGAUGUGAUAAAGCAGACGGUGAAAGCCGCGAUGAAACUCGUCACGCAUGAGCUGUUCAGCGAGAACGCGAUGACAAUUGGUAAAGCCUCGAAAAAGGCCAUGUUAACGAAGGUGAUCCAGGAUGCGGUGCUGCGUUGUUUCGGACCCGAUGUGAUGUUCGAGGACUUCAUAUUGGAUAAACACCACAUGCAUGUCUCAAAUGCGCUUACCACACCCCCUAUUGUCUAUCGCAAACGAGUGAUCAACAAGAUCACGGUGGAUGUUGACGGUCUCGCUUUUAUGCAUAUCUACACCUUUGAUCAGGAUGGGGAGGUCAUUAUCAAAGCAAAAUUCCAACAUCCAUUCAUCAUGUCCAACGUUAUCCGGUUUAUUUGGUAUGGCUUGCGCCAUGAAUUUCUCGGUGAGACGGAGGAAGAAAAGCUCAAGAACUUGAGGUUCAUCUGGGCGCUCGCCGGCGCCGCUACAUUUUGCAGCUUGGAUGAGCAAGCCGACGAUACUGUGGAUGUUGAUCGUUUCAGGGGGAAGGCAUGCAACAAGAAGUUUCUCGCUAUUCUGAAUGCAAUGGACAACCUGACGGACGACGAACUAGCAGAACUUCAAAGGUUCUUCCAUAUAAUUCAAGAAUUUAUCAACUAA